AUGGUGGAAAAGAACCCAGCUAUCGAAUUCAAUCGCUUGGACUCUUCAGACAAAAGGUGCGUGAAUCGGCGUUGUCGGAGAGGGGGCCGUUGGAUAUUUUAAAACUUAAGGAGAUUGCAUCGAACUUUCCCUUUUCCUCAUUAGAUUUGCUAUCUUUAGACGAAUAUUGGACGCAGAAAUGAAGGAUGGGACUCGAGCUAGCAUUGGUUCGAAAGCGAAACAAAAAGAAGGAGCCAGUCACUGA